AUGGACAACAGGGCCCAACGAUUCGAGGAUGAGAAGCGGCGCAUCAUCGAGAGCUGCUUCAUCAAGAAGGAUGUAGACGGAUCAUUGCUCGAGACAUACAUCACCCACAUUCGAAUCACCGAGUACUCCUCCCAUCCGACCUCUCCUCCGCCGCCUCAAGCACGAACACCCGAAUCACAGAAACCCCGCGUAAUCGUCGUUGCAGUAAGAAAGAGUGGCCGAGUGCGUAUGCACAAGACGAAAGAGAACGCCAACGGCUCCUUCUCAAUUGGGAAGACAUGGAACCUCGACGACCUCUCCGCCAUCGAGUCCUUCACGGGGCCGCCGGCUAAUCCGACCUUCCGCGAAUGGGCUGGUGAUACUGGCUUCAUCGUCACCAUCGGAAAGCCCUACUUCUGGAAUGCGCAGUCGGAUAAGGAAAAGAAGUUCUUCAUUGCCAGCCUGGUUAAGAUCUAUGGCAAAUACACGGGAGGCAAGGUCCCUGAGCUAUCGGGCUUCGACCAGGCCGAGAUGUCCCAGAUCCUGAGAAACGAACGACGACCACCCCCUCCCGCACAGGCUGCCUUCCGACCCCCCGCAAUGCCCGAUGCUGCUUCUAGUCAGACCAGCCUCGGCGCUCCCAAUGCGCCCUCCAACUAUGGAACUCCUUCGCCUGGCCCGCCAGGCCCUCGCCGACCACCACCUCUUAAUGGAAUGGCGAAUAACUCACCAGCGGGAAGCAUGGCAUCUUCGUUCUCGCAGGAACCCCCUACGCUGCGAAGAUUCGGGAACAAGAGCCAAGAAUCUUUCUCGCCUUCCCUGGGAGGCAGAAGCGACGAUACGGGAAGCAUGCCGCCGCGCUCACGAAAUGGCAUGCCUGGGCAAGGGGCCUUUGGUAGGUUCGGUGAGCCAGGUCAAGAGCCUGGACUGGGACCGCCUCCGCCAAUCUCCGAAGAAGGCAGACCACCAGAAAGGAAGAGACCACCGAUGGACCCAGCAAGGCCCCAGGGACAGGGCUUCAACGACAGAGACCUGGUUCCUGCGCCGUUAGUUAGCCCGGGCAUGCGACGAGAUCAAGUUGCCCCUCCUCCGAGGAGUACAGCCAGGAAGAACUCUCUUUCGCAGAGGUCAGACGGAGGUUCUUACAGGGACAAUCGACCAGUCACGCCCCUUACGCCUGGAGACCCGGGUGCACCAGACAUUCCUCUCGCACUCAGAACCCCGACAAGAAAUGGAGCAACACCCACGAGACAACCUCCUCCUAUCGUCUCUCCGCCGCCUGAAAUCCCUGUUCCUCCUGCCCCGCCUACCCCUGAGCCUGAGGCUCCCGCGGAACAAGAAGAUGAGAGCCGGCCAGGUUUAGGACCGAUGAUCAAAGCAAAGAAAUCCAAGAACGACCUUGCUGGUGUGCUCUGGAAGGCUGCCUCCGCCGCCUCAGCUUUCAAGCCUCGACCUGGCGGUGCUGGUGAAAGACUUCGACAGCUUGCCACAAAGAGCACUGAACCCGCUGAAGGAAUCACAACAGUUUUCCAACCUCCGCCACGGCCUGCCUCUUCUGACGGCCCCAAAGUCACAUCCCCAGAACCUGCAGUCGAAGAGACUGCUGCACCUGUGGAGCCUCCCAAGCGCACAUCUGGUGUGCCUGAGGUCAAGGUUACUGUGCCUAAUUCUAGCCGACCAUCAAGUUUGCAGCCCUCAAUUCAGGAAGUUAUUAGCGUGAAGAAGCCAGAGGAAUCCGCAGCCAAGGAGGAGAACAGCAAGUCGAUAGUUGCCGGUAAUGACGCCAAGUAUCUUGCAUCUCUUGGUAUUGACCCCACAUUCUUGGAUAACAAGAGCGGCGAAUUCACGAAGUGGCUCGACUACUUCGGAUGGGUUCCUGGCGAGCAGAUGAGAUCUCGUAAUGUGGAUGAGAUGAGGACAGACCUUGAGCGAGAGCUCAACAAAGCACAAGCAGGUGGCUGGCUGGCUCGGUUUCAGGAAGAGGAUGAUCGUGUCGAGGCUAUCAAACGCGGCAUUGACCUGGCAGUCGCUGAGUGUGAAGAAAUGGAGAAUCUUCUGACGCUGUAUAGCGUUGAGCUUUCGACUCUUUCUGAUGAUAUUGCAUACAUUGAAGCUCAAGGCCAGGGUCUUCAGGUGCAAACUGCUAACCAGAAGCUGCUCAAGAAGGAGCUCGAGUCUCUUCUCGAGACAACUACUAUUACCUCUGCCGACCUGAACGCCUUGAGAGCGGCGCCACUGGAAGAUCUGAACGGCCUUGAGGACAUUGAGAUGUCUUUGGUUACUCUCUACAAGGCCAUGAUCAAGAUCGAUCCCACAUUACUUGGGGGCGAACCACGGAAGAGCGAAGAUAUUGGCGGAGAAGUUGAUCAAGCCGUGGGUCUCGAGAACACCGAUUAUGGCAAGAUGAGAAUCGUUCAGGAGAAGAAGGAGAUGUACCGACAAGAAAGCGCUGUCUUCUCGCGACGGUUGGUCGGCUACAUGGCCCAACAGUUCGAUGUAGCCUACAACGAAGUCAACAGAGCGCUUCGCGAAGCUCUCUCGAGAAAGGUGGAUUCUCGCCACCACGACACCGGUCGAGACAUGUUGUGGAAGUACAGUCCCUUGAUCAAAUACGCCAAGGACGUCGACCCCGCCAACUGGGAUCGCAUGAUUCAGGUCUACCAAGACAAGAGCCACCCGGUUUACAAGAACGAAUUCCGCCAGGUCUUGGAAGCGUGGAAGCGCAAUGCGCGCAAGAUGACCGCCGACGAAACAUCCGAGCUCCUGUUUACAUUUGAAGUCGAAAAGCAACAGGAAGGCAGAGCGACCACUGUCAGGAAGCUUACCGUCAAGCGCAGUCAAACACUGGCCAAGAGUUUGCGUUCGCCCAUCGAUACCAGCAGUAGGACUAACCUGAAGGAGUCGGGCGAGAACCGAAGCCUUCCUUACGAGGUGUUUGGGCAGGUACUGGACGACCUUCUUCCGUUGGUUGAGAUGGAGCAGAAUUUCAUCAUCGACUUCUUCCACGCCACCACGCUGGAACAAUCAGACUUCCCGGACCUGGUCGCAGCCAGCAGGCCGUCAGAUCGGAGAGGCGGCGACUUGCGUCGUCAUCGUUUGAUGGAGCCUGACCGUGAUCUUGCUCGACGUGUUACUAAGGGUAUGGAAGUGAUCUUCAUCUUCCUCGAGACAGAGAUUGCCAAGCUCAUUGAAUGGGUUGUUCAAGCCGAUCCUUUGCAAGGUGCUGGUGUCUUGGCUGUUCUCGAGCGGAACCUGUUGGAUAUCCAGCAGUCUAAUCAAGACUUCCUCAACGCUCUUCUCCAGAAGCUCCACGGUAUCUUGGAGUCCCGAUUUAAGAAAUUUGUCGACGAGCAGAUCCGCGCCAUCGAGGAGACUAAGGUCAAGAUUAACAAGCGCAAGGGCGUUAUUUCGUUCAUUCGCGUCUUCCCUCAGUUCUCCAACGCCGUGGAAAACAUUCUCUCGGGUAUCGACCCUAACCUAGCCGUGCGCAAGACGGUUGACCGCGAGUACGAUCGUAUCCUCAAGUCCAUGUUCGACUCUCUCAAGAUCAUUGCCCGCGAGAACCCCGCAGUCAGCGUCAGUGCGGCAGGUGCGGAUCCAGAGGACAAGGAGGCUCUCAACUUCCACAUUCUGCUCAUCGAAAACAUGAACCACUUCCUCGAGGAGAUCAACACGCACGGCCUCAAUGUCCUUGAAGACUGGCGUGAGGCUGCGUCAGGCGAGAUGAACGAACACAUGAAUCUCUACCUGAACGCUGUAAUGCGGCGCCCCCUUGGCAAGCUCCUCGAGUACGUCGAGAAUAUCGAGGGUCAGCUGCAGUCGGGCAAGCCCGGCUCGAGCAUCGCCUCGCAGCCCUCCAAUUCCAAGUCCACCUUCCACAAGGUCUUGGCAACGUACGACUCGCGCGAGGUCCGUAAAGGUAUCGAGACGCUACGCAAGCGCGUCGAGAAGCACUUUGGCGACGCGGACGACCCUGCUCUCAGCCAGAAGCUUGUGAUCAAGGUGCUCCGUGAGUGCGAACGCUUCUACGGCGAAGUGGAGCUGCGCAUUAGCCGCAUCACUGCCGACGUCUAUAGCGGAGACGUCCUCUUUGAAUGGCCCCGCGCCGAGGUUAAGUCUGGCUUCCGCUAG